UGAGAAUGGCCCAAUACAGAGCGUGCAUCACGGAGGUGUUCCGCUUUCCCAGAAAUACUUGACAGAUUCUACUUCAGAUUGAGAGAAUUCAAGAUGGCUGCUUCAGGUUCCAGGUAAGGGCUCACUCCCCCGGAUCCCCAGUGCAUGAAGUUCUCCUGUUGUUGAAGGAUCUCCGUGCUGCUUCCCUUGCUCUUCCUGCCUGUCAUUAUGUCCUCAAACUCUUCCUCCUGCUCCUCCUCGGGAGAGACAAGUCCAGAGGAUGUGCCCCGAGGUGGGGGCACCAUCCGUGUCUUCCUCCCCAAUCAACAGAGGACCGUGGUGAAUGUUCGCCCUGGGCAGACCGUUUAUGACAGUUUGGAUAAAGCCCUUAAAGUAAGGGGCCUGAGCCAGGACUGUUGCGCUGUGUUUCGACUCCUAGAAGGUCGCAAGAGACUAACUGAUUGGAACACUGACAUCACCCCGCUGGUAGGAGAAGAGCUUCUGGUGGAGGUGUUGGAUGAUGUCCCCCUCACCAUGCAUAACUUUGUACGAAAAACCUUCUUUAAGUUGGCCUAUUGUGACUUUUGUCACAAGUUUCUGUUCAACGGCUUCAGAUGUCAGACAUGCGGCUACAAGUUUCACCAGCACUGCAGCAGCAAGGUCCCCACUGUGUGUGUGGACAUGGACACUAUAACAAAACGGUGCACACCUAAUCCUUGCCCAGAUGAGUACCCUCAGAUAUCCAUACUGUUGCCAGACAACUCCAUAUCCCAGAGCGACAUAGCCUUAACCCCGGAUCCUUCUGGGCACGGACUACUGUCGCCAACCUCGGCCUUCCGGUUUCCUCUGCCAGGUGGAGAUGGUCAGUCUCUACAGAGGCAUCGGUCCACCUCCACCCCCAAUGUCCACAUGGUCAGCACCGUAGGCCCUGCCGGUGUCAGCAUCAUAGAGGAUGCGUUAAAAUUACAAAACAAUACAAUGGUUCCUGAACCAUCACCCAAAACCUCUACCAGCCCGCCCUCCCUGGGCUCCCCUGGCAGGAGACCCCCCAAAUCCCCCUCCGAGCACAAGGAGCGCAAGCCCUCCUCAUCUGAUGACAAAAAGAAAGUGCACCGUGGCGGCUAUAGAGACUCAAGUUACUACUGGGAGGUCCACUCGCGAGAAGUCUCCAUCCAGAAAAGGAUAGGUGCAGGCUCCUUUGGGACUGUCUUCAAGGGCAAGUGGCACGGCGACGUGGCCAUCAAGAUCCUCAAAGUGACAGAGCCAACACCUGAGCAGUUGCAAGCCUUUAAAAAUGAAAUGCAAGUGCUACGAAAGACACGCCACGUCAACAUUCUGCUGUUCAUGGGCUUCAUGACUAAGCCUAACUUUGCCAUCAUCACACAGUGGUGUGAGGGCAGCAGCCUGUACCGCCAUCUGCACGUCUCUGAGACCAAGUUUGAGACCAUGCGUCGCAUCGACGUGGCCAGGCAGACGGCACAGGGCAUGGAUUAUCUUCAUGCCAAGAAUAUAAUUCAUCGAGACCUGAAAUCAAACAACAUCUUCCUCCAUGAGGGCUGGACUGUGAAGAUCGGGGACUUUGGGCUGGCAACGGUGAAGUCUCGAUGGAGUGGCUCUGAGCAGGUAGAACAGCCCAGCGGCUCCAUUCUGUGGAUGGCUCCUGAGGUGAUCCGGAUGCAGGACGCCAACCCUUACACGUUCCAGUCAGACGUGUACGGCUACGGGGUGGUGCUGUUUGAGCUGAUGUCGGGGACUCUGCCUUAUUCCCAGAUUAACAACCGAGACCAGAUACUCUUUAUGGUUGGGCGUGGCUACUUGUCUCCAGACCUCAGUUUGCUGUCCAGUAGCUCACCCAAGUCCAUGAAGAGGCUCAUCAUUGACUGCUUGAAGUUCAAACGUGAUGAGAGGCCCCUCUUUCCGCAGGUCAUGUUAGGCAUUGAGCAGGUCCAGGACCUGUUGCCAAAAAUCGAGCGGAGUGCCUCGGAGCCCUCCCUCCACCGGGCUGUCCAUGCGGAGGAACUGAACCCACUCCUGUUCCACACCACUCGGCUGAUGCCACUGUGAGCUCUGCUAAGCCAGGCCCAGGAGUUGUCUGUCCUUCUGUCUGAGGAAAGAGACCAUCACCACUGACGUCAACGCUGGCUGCAUUACUCCCAUGAGAGCGAGUCCACAGACAGCUGCCCAUCCAAACACCCCCAGGGCUGUGUCCCAAAUGGCACUCUUCCCUCCAUAGUGCACUACUUUUGACUCGAGUUCUAUGGGCCCCGGUCAAGGUAAUGUAGUAUAAGGUGAAUCGGCUGCUGUUUCGGACGCAACCCAGCAUUCCCCUUCCUCUGGCACUGGUUGGGGGCUCCUACAGACAACACCACCACCACCAAAUGUAACCCUUCCUCACGCCGACACUCCACAGCACAUCACAACCCCCUGAGCCCUCAGACUCUCCCUACUACACAUCAGAACCACACAGCUUCCCUCCCUCUCCUCACAGGCCUAGACACACUGGAACACAUGCUGGCCUGGCCAGGUCAGGUCAGAACCCCUACAUUCCUAUACUGUCACUCUACUGGCCAGGCCAUGUCAGAACCCCUACAUUCCUAUACUGGCCUGGCUAUGGAUUUCUCAAUGCUGCUUUUAAGUGUGGGACGCCAGACUUUGUAGUCGUAUCAUAAUGACGUCAGUGUUUUGCGCUUUUGAGUGCAAGUGAUGAAAGAGAAAUGCUUACAGAACAACAAUGGCAUGCACAGAAGAUGACUUUCACUUGGUUGUUGUGACCAUAUUUUAAGUUAUUGGUCCUUUUGGUCCCAUAAUGGUUUUGGUAAAUCAUUGUGUCGUCGUGCAGUCUUAGGAUAUGACCAUGAAUAAGCUGCUAUACAACAUGGAUUUGAAAUGCCACUGUCAAAGACAAGCCGUUUGGGACUCAAGUUAACGGCGGCAUCAAAUGUGUACGGCACCAUUUUAAUAGACACAGCAGGGUCGUAUUUAGUAGUGCACACCAAAGCAAAACUUUUUGCAACUGAAAUACGAGAACACAAGCUUCUUAUUGGACAUGGUUAGGUAGUCCCUCCCUGUUUCAGUCCAUUUUCUUUCAUUUGGUGCCUAGUUAAUAUGACCCAGACCCGUAUAAACCUUUGCAUUGUUUCCAGUGAAUACAUAGGCUAGUCUAGCCCAGAGGCCUUCUGUAUGGCCUGAAACCUGUAGUCUUAACAAGUAAAGAGUAUUCUCAAUGCUUUACAUGCUUAAAGUCAGCUUGACUCUACAUUGCACCAUGGACAAGCACUUGUGCUAGCAAAUCUGGUUAAAACAAGCUGCCUUAUAUGUAGUUGCUUUUUGCUCAUUGUGACACAUGAAGCUUACUCAUUGUGAAUCACGUGACACCUAGUUUAUCUGAAUCCUGCUUUCAAUAUAACUUUUAUGGGGGUAUAAUAACUUGAAAAUGUCAAUGUUUGGAACAUUGUUUGUUUUCUUAAUUCCUGAUUGUAGUAGCUUUUACACUUUGACUGGCCUUUAGGAAAUGGUAGCCUUUAACUUAAAUGAAUGACUUCUCCUCUUCCUGCUUCCUAUUGCUUUCGAUUGUGGGUUGCUACUUCAAUUGAGUGUUGCACCUAGUGAAAGAUGGUUGGUUGCUUGCUUGGUAUUAACAUUGAUUAGCCUAUUGCCCUCAGACUCAACUCUGGACCUCGAAGCCAGUUCCACUGGGUUUUUCUUUCAUUGUUCCCCUCUAAUCAGGGACUGAUUUAGACCUGGGACACCAGGUGGGUGUAAUUAAGGUAGGACAGAAAACCAGCAGGCUCCAGACGUGGUAGGGUAAGAGUUGAAUACCCCCGGCCUAUUGGUUUCCUCCUCCUGUCAGUGAAAGUGCAUUGAUGGUUAUUUUGAGUGAGGCUUGUUCAAUUGAUACUAAGUAGAUUGCUCCAUGGUGCAACUGGGAUGGGAUGACUGUUAUUUUGCUGCGUACUGGUUACAACGAGGGGCAGAUUUGAAUCAUCAAUGGUAACUUGUUCUUUUUUUUGUGUGUCAUGCUUAAUUUGAACUAAUCGUAACUGUGAUUUUAACCCAUAAGGGUCUGUUGUUUUUGGUCUUAUGUAUGCUGGAAAUGGCUUGGACAGUAGAGGGCGUGAUUUUGUAAUACCUUAUUUGACAUGAUCAAUUUAAACUAGUGCAGAGUCUAUUGUGGGGUGAUGGUUACUGAACAAACAAUAACUGACAGGUUUCUUUUUUUUUUUUUUACUAUAAAAAGCAGAGUUUUUAACCUAGAUGUUUUAAAGAGGGGCUGGGUACCCUAUUGUUAUUUACUCAUUCCAAUUAUGUUGGGUUGUGUGAAUAGGUUUGACUUGGAGAUUUUGUUAGACAAGGGUUUGUGAAAGACUACAUUUCUCAUCUUAUUUAUUGAUGUUAUUGUCAUUGCAGAUGGUGGUGUGAUAAAUCUGCUGUCAUGGACCUUUUGGUGGAUUAAAUGUUUACUGAGUGAUAAGAGAUCACUCUUUGCAGCAUUUAAAUCAUGGCUGGUUUGGGUUCUCUAACCUAACGGAAUGUACUUUCAAGACAUGGUACUGUCUCAAACUACUCUAAUUGAGCUUCAGAUUUUUGAUACUCUGUGUCAUGCACGUGCAUUUAAUUAGCUUUUGAUUGCAUUACAUUUUCACCCGUGGCCGUAGUGAGCACUGCAUUAUUUACUGGGGUGGAAUGUGGUGUAUAUACCCGCCCUAAUGCAGAUUUAGUAUCCUCCUGAGACUUGGGCUACAUUGUCGUUUACCCUCCUCUGGUCAGACCCAGGAAAUAUGGAAUGUCAUUAAAGUGGCAUUUAUACUGUUAUUAAUGCAAUAUGCAGCAAAAGAAAGAAAAAGACAUGGAAAAUCAGUUUUUGAAGAUAUUGCACAUCAAACAUUCAUUUGUCCCAGGUGUAGGUCAUACACAAAUAAUUGAAUAGCCCAAAGGCUUUAGAAUGAAACACAUCUUUCCAAAUGAAAUCCCUUUUAUAGACCUGAGUUUCUGUUAAAGUAUCCAGUGCAUUUACAGGUGUCCAUGAUGCAGGAAUAGUCUCGCUUCUUAUGUUUGGUGGCAUUGCUUUACCAUAAUGGCAGUCGGUUUCUGCUGAAUUGAGUACAUUUGUUACUCAGAGGGAUUCUGGUUUCUUUAAUGACCUCCCUAUUAAAUAAGGAAAAUAUGUCACUUGGGGAAGAUAUCUUAACAUUUCAGUUUAGUCAAAUGCAUCUCCCUCUCUCUUCCAAAGAGGAUAUUGUUUCUUCUGUUGUGUUCAGAGAGGAGGACAAAAGUGCCACAGUUACUGACAUUUUGUACAAGUUAAAUAUAAAGAAAUUGACCUCCCCUGAAAUCGACUGCGCUAAAGGCAUGACAUCACAUUGAAGAUAGCAGUUGCUGUGCUUCAGACACCGGGUAAUUACAGGGGUAGCGUGGGGAAACAAACCGGGCUCAUUUAACAGCUGUCAUAUUUCAGAGCAGUAAAGAGAACAAAUGAUCUGUGUCGGAGUAGUUUUGCAUAUCUAGGUGAAUCGCAAUAAUUGUGUGUAUAGUUUCUGAGGUAUCAGGGGUGUUCAGUUUGCAAUAAAUGGUAUAUUCUGCUGUGUACA